ACGUUGAUACGCCCGAGCCGGACGAGAAGUCGCUCAUCACGUACGUCAGCUCCCUUUACGACAUCUUCCCCGAGCCGCCGGCCGAGCACCCGCUGUACGACGCCGUGAGUAGGGACCGCACGGACGGCGCGGCGCAGGCGGCGCUGGGCGAGUACAAGGACAGCGCCUCGCGGCUGCACCAAUGGGUGCGUCAGCAGACGUCGCGCAUGCAGGAGCGCAGCCUGCCGCCGUCGCUGCCCGAGCUGCGCGACCUUCACGCACAGAGCAAGGCGUUCAAGACGCACGAGAUGCCGCCCAAACAGCAGGAGAUGGGGCGCCUGCUCCGGUUGUACCAGGACCUGGAGCGCUCACACCACGACCUGGGCAAGAUGGACCUGCCGCCCGAGCUGCAUAUCUCGCUGCUGGACCGCAACUGGGGCAUCAUGAUGAAGACCUACCAGGAGCGCCACCAGCAGAUCGAAGACGAGCUAAGCCGCAUGGAGCGGCUCCAGCGGCUUGCUGACAAGAUCCAGCGCGAUAUCCGAGCGACCGACCGACGGCUGAACGACGUGCAGCAGACCAUCCGCGACGAGGCCAAGCGACUGCCCAAGAUGAAGCCCAAGGACGCCAAGAUGCACGUCGAAAAGAUCGACCUGGAGCUGGCACAGAUCGAGGAGACGAUCAAGGGACUCUUCUCGGACGUUAACUCGCUGCAGGAGGGCCGCCACCCGCAGGCGCCAGAGCUGUACCAUAACGUGCAGCAGCUGCAUAACAAGUGGAUGAACGUGCACACCAGCAUGCAGGACACCCUGAUCGGGCCGCUCAGUAAGCGGAUGAAUGAGGACCCAGACGCCAUGUUCGCGCGGUUGAUCAAGACCGACGAGAACUUCCGCUUCUUGCACGAGUGUCUGGAGUGGGUUCGCGAGAAGCUGGGUCAGCUUCAAGAGGCCGAGUACGGACACGACCUCCACUCGUGCCAGGAGGAGCUGGAAUCCCACCACAAACAGCACAAGGUCAUCGACCAGUUCCAGGUGAACCUGGACCGCUGCGUGGCCGCCAAGAACAACUACGACCAUGAUGAGCUGGCGCUGUACAUGCGUGUGCUGAGCCAGCUGCAGAAGACGUACGCCGACCUGCUGUCCACCUCCAACAAGCGGCUCUCCGACCUGAUGAUCCUGCACGACUUCAUCCAGGGCGCCACCAACGAGCUCAUCUGGUUGAACGAGAAGGAGGAGGCCGAGGUCAACCGCGACUGGAGCAACCGCAACCAGGACCUGCGCCAGCUGGACGCGCACUAUGAGCACGUGAUGAGCGAGCUGGAGCGGCGCGAGCGACAGUUCAACGCCAUCCAGGAGCAGGGCGGCUCGCUGGUGGCGCAGCACCACCCGGCCUCCAAGACGGUGGAGGCUUACCUGGCUGCCAUGCAGACCCAGUGGUCCUGGCUGCUCCAGCUCACACUCUGCCUCGAGACGCACCUCAAGCACGCACAGACCGCGCACAAGCUCUUCCAGGACGUGGACGAAAUGGCGCACGUUAUUAGGGAACAGGACGAGCGCCUCAACACGGAGUUCAGCCAGACGGACUUCACGCUGGACGAGGGCGAGCAGCUGCUGCGCGACAUGCAGGAGCUGCGUGACCAGAUGAGCGGCCAGGCGGAGGUCAUCGACGAGCUGGAGCGGCGCGCGCACCUGGUGACGCCGCAGCGCCAGCGCCGCGAGCGCCUCGACGGCCCGCUGCCGGUCACCAGUAUCUGCCAAUACAAGAACGCCAACAUGACGAUCCAGAAGCAGGAGAAGUGCACGCUGCUGGACAACAGCCACCGGACCAAGUGGCAGGUGCGCUCAGCCGGUGGUCAGCAGGGCGCGGUGCCCAGCGUCUGCUUCCUGCUGCCGCCGCCCGACCAGGAGGCCCUGGAAGCGGUGCAGCGGCUCAAGCGACAGUACGAGAUGUCCAUCACUCUCUGGCAGCGCAAGCAGCUGCGCAUGCGCCAGAACAUGAUCCUGGCCACCAUCAAGGUGGUCAAGAGCUGGGACCUGCAGCAGUUCAUGGCGAUGGGCAGGGACCAGAGGGACGCGAUCCGACGAGCUCUCAACGAGGACGCCGAGAAGCUGAUCCAGGAGGGCGACCCGAAGGACCCGCAGCUGCGUCGGCUGCGACGUGAGAUUGACGAAGUCAACCGACUCUUCGACGAGUUCGAGCGUCUGGCGGCCGAGGCGAACCCGACCAACCAGUUCAACACCAAGGUGACGUCGCUAGAGUCGGAGCUGACGAAGGCGGAGGGCGAGCUGGCGGACCGCUGCACGGCGCCCAUCCCGCGCGACGCCCGCGACGCUCAGCGGCUGGUGACCAAGCACAAGGACUGGGAGAACCGGCUGCAGCGUCACGAGCCGACACUGGAGGAGGUGCGCACCAUAUACGACUCGCUCAGCAAAAAGACGCCCACAAUGCAGGCCAAGCUCGACAGAGUGAACACGCAGUGGGAGAGCAUCUGGAAGAUGUCACACACUUACAUUGAACGUCUGAAGUGCGUUGAGGUGACCGUAAAUGAACUGGAGGAGGCUACCAAUGUGGUCAGUCACCUGGAGGCCAAGCUGAGCGACUACCGCCAGCUUCCCGACGACCGCGAAGGUCUGAAGUCGGCCCACCUCAGCCUGGUGGACCUGCAGAACAACCUGCAGAAGAAACAGGGUGCGAUCGAACAGCUCAACGUUGACAUGGGUAAGACGCGCAAGACGACGGAGCGGACGCGUCCCCGGCAGCGGAACCACCCGGACGUGGAGGAGCUGGAGGACGACGUCAACCGCGUCACCAAACAGUGGACCAACUGCUGCGAGGGCGUCGUCGACAGGCUGCGCUCUGUGGACCAGGCGGCGGACCUGCUGGCGCAGUACGAGCAGAAGGAGCGCAUGGAGCGCCAGUGGGCCUCGCAGAUGGAGGCGGAAGCGCGGCACCGGCAGCAGGAGGAGGAGCGCGCUCGGCAAGCGGUGAUCGAGAAGUACCGCCAGUGUGACGAGUCGAUCGCCGACUUCCUUGGCUGGAUGGCCAAGGUGGAGAAGCGGUUGGCCAGUCAGGAGGAGGUCCAGGAGGACGUCCCCAAGCUCCGCAACCAGAUCAACGUGGUCAAGGCCAUCAAGGAUGAGCUGAAGCAGCAGCAGCGCCCGGUGUUCGCGGCGCUGGACCAGGUGCAGGACGUGGCCGAGCGUGCCGGCGACAUCCUUUCCAAGGACGAGCUCAAACAGCUGCAGCACAAUGGACAGGAGCUGCGCCAGCGAUACGACACCGUGACGGACCGCAGCGACCAGCUGCUGCGGAGCCUCGGCGCCUGCCUGGACGAGCUGAGCAAGUACCGCUCCGACCUGGACACGUUCGAGACCUGGCUCACCCGGGCCACGCACACGCUGUCGGACAAGGAGCGGCAGCUCUCCGACCUGGGCAAGCUGAAGUCGAGCGAGCAGGGCUGCCGUGACCUGGUGCACGACGUCAUCGCGCACCAGGCCGACCUGCGCUUCAUCACGGUCGCCGCGCAGAAGUUUAUCGACGAGAGCAAGGAGCACCUGAAGACGCUCAACGACUUCCGCACCAACCUGCCGCAGCGCAUGGGUCAUGUCGAGCCGCGCGACUACGGGGUCAAGCGCGAGGUCACCCAGGUCACGCAGGCGUACCAGGACCUGCUGGGCCGCGCCAACAAGUUGUCGGACAAAGUGUCCAGCCUGGGCGGCCGGCAGCGCGAGUACCAGGACGCGCUGGACCGCGCCAGCCGCUGGCUGCGCGAGGUCGAGCCGCAAGUGCAGAAGCUGGUGACGGAGCCGGUGGCGGCCGAGCCGCGAGGCGUGCAGGAUCAGCUCGACCGCGCCAAGCACCUCAACAGCGACAUGCUCUCGCAGGGCAAGCUGUUCGACAACGCCACGGCGUCGGCCGCGCAGCUGGUGAAGGCGCUCGAGGGCCAGAUCACCCCGAAGGAGGGCGAGCGCAUCACGCGCCCGCCGACCGACCUGACCGAUCAGUACCGCCGGCUCUCCGACGCCGUCAUCGACCGCUGCCAGGCGCUGGACAUGGCGCUGGUGCAGUCGCAGGGCGUGCAGGACGGUCUCGACUCGCUGAUGGCGUGGCUGAACCAGGCCGAGGCGCGGCUCAAGUCCAUCCUGAAGCCGGCCAGUCUGAACCGCGAUCGCCUGACGGAGCAGGUGCAGGAGCAGCGGCUGCUGCAGACCGACAUCGACUCGCACCAGCCGGGCGUCGACCAGAUCCAGCGCUCCGCGGGUCAGCUGCUCGAGACGCCCUCUAACGCGCGCAUCGCCAAGAAGAUCGAGGAGAACCUGCGCGAGCUGACGACGCGCUUCGACAAGCUGCACGAACGGUGCCAGGAGCGCGGCCGUCAGCUGGACGAGGUGGCCUCGCAGACCGACAACUUCUGGGGCAAGGCCGAGCGCUUCGAGCAUUGGUUCGUCGAGAUCUUCGAAGUGGUGGAGUCGCAGGAGAUCAUCAAGCUGAACGCCGAGUCGUACACGAGCAAGAUGGACGAGCUGGCGCGCCGGCGUGACGCGGGCCGGCCCGACUACGAGGCGGCCGUGCGCACCGGCACCGCCCUCGUGGGGCGCCGUGACGUCACUGACACGGCUGUUACCAAGGACAAGGUCAAGGAAAUGGAGGCGCAGUGGCGCGAGCUGCAGGACCUGCUGGACGAGCGGCUUCAGGAGGGUCGCGCUCGCUCCGACUCCCUCAACGCCUACGAAAAGCUCAAGGAGGACGUGCUGACUUGGAUGAAAAAGAUGGAGACCCGCAUCGACUCCCUGCAGCCGGUGGCCGUGGACCAGAAGCUGCUGAAGCAGCAGAGCGACGAGCUCAAGCCACUAGUGAAGGAACACGGCCAGUACGUGACCACGAUCGACAAGGUGAAUGACCUGGGCAACCAGUACGACGCCUUGCUGCGGGCCGAUCGGGCCGAGACGCCGUCCCGACGUCGCUCCUCCGUCACGCCCGCCAAGAAGACAUGGCAGGUACGCGGCUCACCGACCGGCAAGGCGGACAUCGACACCGUCAGCGACGAAGUGCGCCGCCACAUGGACACGCUGAAGCAGCUGCAGCAGUUCCUGGACAAGACGGAGCGCCAGCUGCCGCGCGACGGCGCGCUCACUGACGUGGUGGAGCGCUGGCGCGCGCUGCAGGAGCGGCUCAAGGCGCGCCAGCGCAAUCUGCAGGACAGCCGCCAGUUCUUCGACACGCACGACCAGCUGAACGGCUGGCUGCAGGCCAAGGAGAAGAUGCUGACGGUGCUGGGGCCGCUGAGCUCGGACCCGCGGCUCGUGCAGAUGCAGAGCCAGCAGGUGGCCGUGCUGAGGGACGAAUUCGCCGGCCAGUACCCCACCCUGCAGACGCUGAACCGCGUCGGUCAGGCGCUCGUGGAGGAGGCAGAGCCGGACAGUGCCACCGCGCAGAAGGUGGGAGACAAGCUACGCAAGACCAACGACAAGUGGGAGGAGCUGAUCGCCAAGCUGGAGGAUCGGGAGCAGAACCUGGACGCCGCCUCGGGCGCCAGCCAGCAGUUCAACGAGUCGCUGGGUCGCCUGCAGCGCGACCUGCAGAAGAUCGGCGACAACUUCGACGACCUGUCGACGGAGCGCACUGAGCCGCAGCAGAAGCUGAAGAAGCUGAACCAGCUCCAGCACCAGGUGGACGAGCUGCGACCGCAGCUAGCUGAGCUGGAAGCGCUCGGUGAGGAGCUGUGCAACGUGCUGACCGACCCGUCGGCCAAGACCGAGGUCAAGGACAAGCUGUACCAGCUGGGCCGCCAGCAGAACCAGCUGCAGAAGAAGAUGGACAACCUGCGCGCCGAGCUGGAGAACUCGCUGAAAGAGGACCGCGAGUUCGAGGACGGCUGCGCGGACGUACAGGAGUGGAUCAAGGACUGCGUCGACCAGAUGGGCCGCCCGCUGAAGGUGGCAGAGUACGAGCCCGUCUACAAGAGUGUGACGGCGCGCGAGCACGAGGUGUUCCUCGUCCAGCGCAAGGGCCAGGACCUGCUCGCCAAGACGACCAACAAGCAGGAGGCCAAGACGCUGCAGAAGUUCCUGGAUAAGCUGCAGAAGGACUGGGACGGCAUGAAGCGGGAGGCAGUGAGUCGCCACACCCGUCUGCAGACGUGCUCCGACCUCUGCCGCAAGUACCACGCGGCGCUGGAGAGGUUCGCGCCCUGGCUGGACAAGGCCGAGGACCGGCUGGACCGCAUGCAGCCCAUCAGCUUCCGCAAGGCCGACAUCCAGAAGCAGCUGCGCGAGGUGCAGGCGUUCAAGAACGACGUGUCGCUGCACUCGGGCGAGCACGAGCAGACGCAGUCGGGCGGCGACGCGCUGCUCGCCGCCACCGACACGGACAAGGAAGGUGUGCAGGCCGACCUGCAGCUGCUACGGCAGCGCUGGGACGCGCUCAGCGCCGCCGCCGUCGGCCGCCUGCAGGCGCUGGAGGACGUGGCCGCCAAGGUGGGCGACUUCCAGGACAAGCUGCGCGACCUGGAGCACGGCCUGCAGCGCUGCGAGGACCGGCUCGGGGCGCACGACGCGCUCGGCGGCGGCCGCGACCCGCGCAUGCUGGGCCGUGUCAAGGACCUGCUGCAGGAGCUGGAUGACCGGCACAGCGACCUGCAGAACGCUUCGCAUGCCGUCAAUGAGGUCAAUGAACGGCUCAAGGGGCUCUACCACCAGCUGGGUGUGCUGGAGGAGGAGCUGGACAACAUGGCGCCGGUGGCGCGCGAGGUCAUCAUCGUGCAGAAGCAGGUGACGGAGAUCACCGUCUUCAUGGAGAAGGUGGUGCACGAGCGACACGAGCUGGACGCCGCCGAGAAGACAGUCCAGGGCCUCGUUCAGGAGGGCUUCGCCGCCGACGCCAAGACGAUGCGUGACCAGCUGGGCAGCAUGCGGCGCCAGCUGAGCCGCAUGGACGACCGCGGCCGCGCCCGCGAGCGGGACGUCACCGUCGUGCUCACCAAGCUGACCACCUUCUACAGCACGUACGAGGUGGUGGUGGAGGACAUCCGACAUGCAUCGCGCGAGGAGGCCUCGCUGCCGAAGCCGGCCACCGAUGUGGAAACAAUCCGCCGCCAGCAGCAGGAGUUCCGCCAGUUCAAGACGACGCGCGUCGAGACGCUCUCGGCGCACGUGGACGACUGCAACAAGAGCGGUCAGGGCCUCGUGCAGUCGGCCGCCGCCGGCGUCAACACCACCGGCAUCGAGGGCGACCUCGAGAAGAUGAACGACUUGUGGAACGAGCUGAAGGAGCGGAUGCACAACCGGGAGCGAGCCCUGGACGUCGGCCUGCUGCAGUCGGGCAAGUUCCGCGAGGCGCUUGAGGGCCUGCUGCAGUGGCUGGCCGACACCGAGGACCUGGUGGCGCACCAGAAGCCGCCGUCGGCCGACUAUAAGGUGGUGAAGGCGCAGGUGCAGGAGCAGCGCUUCCUGCAGAAGCUCCUGCUCGACCGCCAGGGCUCUGUGUCGUCCCUGUUCGACAUGGGCAAGGAGAUCGCCAAGAACUGCCAGCCGGCGGAGCGAGCUGAGAUCGAGGGGCAGCUGCGCCAGCUGACCGAGCGGUUCGACGCGCUCACCGGCCAGGCGGCCGAGCGUAUGCAACAGCUCGAGGACGCCAUGAAGGUCGCGAAGGAGUACCAGGAUAAGAACGGCCCACUUGUCGAGUGGCUGGAAAAGAUGGAAAAGAAGUUGAAGGACAUGGAGACGAUUCCCACCGAUGAAGACAAGAUCCAGAGAAGGAUCAAGGAUCACGACACGCUGCACCGCGAGAUCGUGCAGCGCGGCGGCGACUUCGACGAGCUGGCCAACAUCGCCACCGUCCUGAUGGAGCUGGUGGGCGACGACGAGGCGCAGGCACUGGCCGACCGGCUGCAGGAGGUCACCGACGCCUACACCAAGCUGGUGGACGACAGCGAGGCGCUCGGCCGCCGCUUGCAGGACGCCGGCAAGCAGCUGCGCGCGCUCGUGCUCAACUACGAGGACUUCCUCGUCUGGAUGGACGAGAUGGAGCAGCGGCUGAACAAGUACAAGGUGCUCUCAGUGCACGUCGACAAGCUGCACGAACAAAUGGAAGAGUUGACGGAUCUCAGCGAGGAGGUGGACCACCACCGGGAGCCGGAGCAGGAGCUGCAGGACAUCGGCGCCGACCUGAUGCGGCACAUCUCCAGCGAUGAGGCGCUCCAGCUCAAGGACAAGCUGGACUCCAUCAGUCACCGCUAUUCGGACCUUGAGACCAAGGCGGGUUCGCUGCUGAAGAACGCGCAGGAGGUGCUGCCGCUGGUGCACGCCUUCCACAAGGCUCACAACCACCUGACUGAGUGGCUGGUGGCCACGGAGCAGACCUUGCUGGCUGUGGACUCACUGCCCAAUCCUGACGAGACGAUGGAGCACCUGGAGCAGCAGAUCUCGCCCGGCGACGGCGCCCAGACCAUUGAGGCGCUGGUGACGCGCGACAACCGCCGCUUCGAGGCCAUCGUCGAGCAGGUGCAGCGCAAGGCAGAGCGCCUGCGCAUGACCAAGCAGAAGAACUUGGAGAUCGUCGGCGACAUUGACGAGCUGCUCGACUGGUUUAGAGAGGUCGAGACCCAGAUCAAGGAGGCGGAGCCGCCCAGCUCGGACCCGGAUGUCAUCCGGAUCCAGCUGAAGGAGCACAAGGCGCUGUACGAUGACGUCAGCAGCCAGAAGGGACGCGUGCGGGACGUGCUGAGCACGGCCAAGAAGAUCAUGCGCGACGCCGCACAGUACGAUGACGUCACCGAGAUACGCGAGAAGGUCGACGACCUCAAGGACACGGUCGAAUCGGUCAGCAAGCUGUCGUCGGACCGGUUGAGCGCGCUGGAGCAGGCGCUGCCGCUGGCCGAGCACUUCUACGAGACGCACCUGGGUAUCUCGGACUGGCUGGACGAGGCGGAGGGCGAGGCGAUGCGACUGGACAUGCCGGCGCUGCGGCCGGACCAGAUCCAGCGCCAGCAGGACAAGAACAAGGCGCUGCUGCAGAGCAUUCACGAGCACAAGCCUCUCAUCGACAAGCUGAACAAAACGGGCAGUGCGCUUGCCCGGCUCUGCAACGACGAGGAGGCGCAGAAGGUCAACGAGAUCAUGGACACGGACAACGCACGCUACAACGCGCUGCGCACCACGCUGCGCGAGCGGCAGCAGGCGCUGGAAGAGGCGCUGCAGGAGUGCUCCCAGUUCGCCGACAAGCUGGACGGCAUGCUGUCGGCGCUCAAGGACACGGCCGACCAGGUGGACAACGCCGAACCCAUCUCGGUCCACCCAGAUCGCAUCCACGACCAGAUGGCCGAGAACAACGCCAUCAUCGACGACCUGGAGAAGCGCGAGGUGGCCUUCGAGGCCGUCAAGCGCGCCGCUGAUGACGUUAUCAGCAAGGCUGGCGACGGCGAUCCGGCCGUGAAGGACAUCAAGAAGAAGCUGGACAACCUCACGAAGCUGUGGGACCACCUGCAGAAGGCGACGGACGACCGCGGCCGCUCGCUGGAGGACGCGCUCGCCAUUUCGGAGCGUUUCUGGUCGGAGUUGCAGGGCGUCAUGAAGGCGCUGAAGGAGCUGCAGGAGGCACUCGGCAACCAGGAGCCGCCGGCCAUCGAGCCCAGCGCCAUCAAGGAGCAGCAGAAGGAGCUGCAGGAGAUCCGCCAGGGCAUCGAGCAGACCAAGCCCGAGGUGGACAAGGUGCGUCGCACCGGCCAGGACCUGAUGAAGGUCUGCGGCCACCCGGAGAAGCCCGAGGUCAAGAAGAACCUGGCCGACCUCGACUCGGCCUGGGACAACAUCACGGCGCUGUACGCACGCCGCGAGGAGAACCUCAUCGACGCCAUGGAGAAGGCGAUGGAGUUCCACGACACGCUGCAGGUAACGCCGACUGGGCCGCCCGAGAGGUGCGACGGCCAGGGAUAG